GGUUUCAUUAUAGAACAACUGCCAAGUAAUCAUGGAUGACGCAGAAUUGAAUGCAAUUAGAGCGGCUAGAUUAGCUGAACUUCAAAAGAAUGCCGCUGGUGGAAGCGGAAGUGCUCCCUCAUCAUCAGCUCCUACAGGUAACGCUGGAUCAUCAGCAGGCACCGAUGACGUUGCCAACACAAUCUUGGCCCGUGUUUUAGAUACUCACGCCAGAGAAAGAUUAAACCGUGUUAAAAUGGUAAGACCAGAUAGGGCCCAAGCUGUCGAACAAUAUAUUCUUAAAUUAUACUCCAUGGGCCAAUUGCAACGGAAAUUGGGCGAAGAUGAAGUGGUGGAAAUAUUGGAUGGUAUAAGUAGAGAUAGUUCUCAGAAAGCUCAAACGAAAAUUACAUAUAAUAGAAAGCAUGUGGAUGAUGAUGAUGACGAUGAUGAUUUCUUUGAUUAGUGUUUUAUGGUCUGUGUAUAGAAGUAAGGAUUGUCAUUAUGUGUUUACUGUAUGUAGAGGUCACGUGCAUGUUGCCAAAAUUUUGGACUUUGGAGAAUGGCUUUGUGAAAACCCUUU